CGCGUAACUCCCAAUCCUACAAGUCCGUAAUUGUCGCCGCACGAAUGCACCCCCGCUCUGCAGACUUCACCGAACGACACCCUCUCUAUUUCCGCGACCCGCCUUCCUGCAACAGUCCAACUCCCCUGACAAGCUUGCAAGACAGCGAGUCGUGUUAGGUGUCCGGAGCUGAGCCGUGCUGCAGCAUUCACCACUCCUCCCCGCCCACCCCUCAGUUUGCAUUCACUACCCUUCGCCAUGGUUCUUCGGAAAGAAACACCGCAGCCGAAUCUCGUGCCUGCACCUCUCUUACAGGCUGUCAACAACCCUCCCUACCCUACGACACCCGCCACAGAGCUGCCUCCGCCCUUGCCCUCAUCCUCCGACCAGGCAGAGGUCUACUCCCCGGACCUCGCUACAUCGCCGGCAUUCCGCCUCAAGGCCCUCGAUGAUACCCAAAAACAGAAAGAGGAAGACGAGUCCGACUAUAGCGAUGAAGAUUGGGACAAGACCGACGACGAGGACACCGGGCCGGAAGAUGUCCCCAAUCCGCUGAAGAUUGGUGGUGGAAAGCCCAUGCCAGCUACAAACAAUAAUAAUGCCUUGCCAGAUGCUCUUAGAGCAGGCCCGCCGCCGCCACCACCGCCUGGAGUACCAGUGAAGAAGACGGCAGAGGCUAUCACUCCGGAACCGACAGGUGCGACCUCGUCAUCAUACGGCGCAGUCAGCAACAGUUCGGGAAGCUCCAUCCCUUUGAAGACGAACAAUCCAUAUCUCCGUAUGCAGGCCACAGGACAGAGUAAUUUUGGUGGUGAGAGCAGCGAGCAAGUCUGGGGAGAUGCACCAACCCAGGCGCAGAAAUACGGCGAGCUUGUUGAAUUACCGACGAUGCACACGCCCGUGACUCCCACUAACGGAAUGUCGGCUUUGAUGUUGAACAGCAACGUCCCUCCAUAUCAAGGGUCCCAGUCGCCGAACCAGCCUCCUCUCAUUUCUGUGGAAUCGGCAUCCCCUGAAUCCGCUCACCCCCGGCAGGAUUCAAAUGCAUCAAGUGUAUGGGCGUCGGGAAUGGAUAUUUCUUCCUUGGAUGCUGCUGCUAGGUCAUAUGGCCUGCCUGACACCAACCCGCAAGAAGCCCCGCCACGGACAUGGCAAGAACAGCAAGCUUGGGAAAAGAGCGAAAGGGAGAGAAAGCAACUUGAGCUUUCUACCGCCCACGAAGCUGCAGUACGAGCAGAGCAAGAGCGGAGACAUGAAGAGGAAUUCCAUCGAAUUGAACAAGCAGCCAAAUUCACCUUGGCAGGAUCACCCUUUGAAGCGGAGCACGCUCCGGGCCUCCCUCCUAGGCGGUCACAAGAACAGGAGCAUCCUCCAGCAAUGCCCCCACGUCCUAUCGAUACAGGCGUUGGUGGCUCUUCGCAUCCUACCGUCGAAUCCCCUAAUACGGUGAUGAACAGGCAAAGAAAAGAACAUUACCAAAUCAAGCAAAUCCGGUGGUACGAUGCUAAUAAACGGGGCAUCCGAACUUCACCAAUUCUCACCCAAAACGCUAAUGGGCCAUGUCCUCUCCUGGCGCUAGUUAACGCUCUAGUCCUAUCUACGCCUUCUGGAGUAGAGACGGCGCUUGUUGAGACCCUUCGAACUCGAGAACAAGUCAGCCUUGGCUUGUUACUCGACGCUGUCUUCGAUGAACUAAUGUCAGGGCGAAGGGGCGGCGCUGCUCAGGAAUUACCCGAUGUGAGCGAUUUAUACAAAUUCCUAGUCACCCUACACACCGGGUUGAACGUGAACCCCAUGUACGUCCAAGAUCCUGGUGCUACCGACGGAUCAUCAACGCUCAUUCCUACAUUUGCCAUUCGGCCCGGUGGGUUCGAGAAUACACGGGAAAUGCGGCUAUACCGCACAUUCGACGUUCCGCUCAUUCACGGGUGGCUCCCUGCCGCUGGCUCCGAUGCCUACAUCGCUUUCGAGCGGGUAGCGAAAACAUACGAAGAUGCGCAACAUGUGCAGUUCCAAGAGGAGGAACUUGAUGCGAAGCUGCAAACUGAGGGCUUGAAUUCAGAGGAGCAGCAGAUGUUCACAGAUAUCCAUGCUAUCAAGGAAUUUCUCAAUCGGUGGCCUACCCAGCUAACGGACUACGGUCUCAAGACUAUGCGUGAUUGCAUGAAGCCUGGGCAAAUUGGUAUCUUAUUCCGGAAUGACCAUUUCUCGACCCUCUACAAAGAUCCUAGGACGGAUCAUCUCGUUACCUUGGUCACCGAUGCGGGCUAUUCAAGCCAUGAUGAAAUAGUCUGGGAAUCUCUCGUUGACGUCAACGGCCAAGGAAGCGAGCUAUUCUCUGGCGACUUCCGCCCUGUUGGAGGCAACCACAGCCCUCAACCGAGGCAGCAAACCCAACAAGUUCAGAGCCUCCUCGAUGUAAGCGAGGACCAAGGCUGGACUACCGUACCAUCUCGCCAGCAAAAUCUCCAAGCUCCUCCCUCCAACGCCCUCAGCCCAUCACAGAACACCGCCCCACUCUCACCGAACUCGGAUUUGAGCAAAACAGAACAAGAGGACCAUGACCUCGCACUCGCUCUCCAACUCCAAGAGGAAGAAGAUGACCGCCAUCGCCGCUCAGUCGAAGAGCGCCGUCGCCGAGAAAAUCAACUCUCAGAAGAAGCCAUCGCUACGCAAUCCCAGACCCGCCCUGCAAACCGCCGCACAUCUCGCCAAGGCGAAAAUCCGCCCCUAAUCCCCCCUCGCAGAAACAACGUCCAAACGCAUCGACCUAACAACGAACCCGCUCCACCGCCUACGUACGAGGAAGCUGCUACAACGCCACAAUACCACCCCCCUCAGGGUCAUCCGGCGAAUCCAGCGGCUCCGAUUAGACCACAGGGGAGCGCGUAUAUGGCUAAUUCUGUUAUGCAACCAGGACCUGGUGUAACGGGACGGAGAAGGAGUUCACGGCCGAUUGGGAUGGAGAUGCCUCUCCCUCCACGACCGGGGAGGAGACAGAGUGCCGGUGUGGGGGGUGCGCAGGGUGUGGUGCCUGAGGAGAGGGAUAAGUGUGUUGUUAUGUAGAUAUUAGUAUCAUGGUGAUUCGGAUUUGGAUUUAGGUUUGCGGCGUUUCGGUUUGGGGCUGGGUCCCGGAAUACCCUUCUUUUUCUUUCGCAUGGUAGCUAUAUAGGGUAUGUAAGAUGUUCAAUGGGAUAGAGUUAAG